CCGCUCUACCGGGAAAGUUAGACUCCCGGCCUGGCGUCGCGGGUGCAGAGAGGGCAUCGGGCCCGCGCGGGUUGCUGGGGUCCGCCCUCCCCACCCGAGAGUCUCUGUCCGGCAGGCCGGGUCCUGCUUGAUCCGACUCCCAUUGCAUCUCUCGCAGGCAUUCCCUCGGCGCUGCACUCAGGUACUCCCUCCAGGUGGAUUCGCAGCUCCUGUAGCUUCUGCUCCUGACCACACCCGGACCUCUCCAGGGGGACCUCCCCAGUCUAAGCCAGCUUCGGUCUCACCGGGAUUACGGCUGCCAUCCCAUCCUCACUGUGUACUUCCACUUGUGCCCCCUCAAGAGAAAGUAUAACUCAGCUCUCAUCUCCCCACUGAUUCAAGUCCUCCGAAGACUUCCCAGCUGCAAUUACAGCCAAUCCCAGACAUUUUGCCUUGGUCUUCAGGACUAGGUGGAAUUCUCCAAAAUGUCAGGCGUGGUCCCCACAGCCCCGGAACAACCUACAGAUGAAACGGAGAAUCAAAUAAAAUCUCCUGAUCCAAGCCCUGAUGCUCCUCCUGACUACAAUUCCCAUUUUAUACCAGGACCCCCUGGACCAGCUAUCCCUGUACCUGCAGGCUACCCAGGAGGCUUGCCUGUGGGAUACUACAGCCCGCAGCAGCCCUGUGCCUUCCCCUCAUACCAGCUACCAGCUGGUAUCCAUCCUAUCCAGUACCAGCCUGGCAAAUAUCAUAUGCCAAAUCAGCCUGUUCCAAUCACAUGGAUGCCAGGCCCUGCUCUUAUGCCGAACUGUCCUCCUGGUCUGGAAUACUUAACCCAGUUGGACAACAUACACGUCCUUCAGCAUUUUGAGCCUCUGGAAAUGAUGACAUCUUUUGAAACCAAUAAUAGAUAUGAUAUUAAAAACAAUCUGGACCAAAUGGUUUACAUCGUAACUGAAGACACAGACGACUUUACCAGAAAUGCUUAUCGGACUCUAAGGCCCUUCGUCCUCCGGGUCACCGACUGUAUGGGCCGAGAAAUCAUGACAAUGCAGAGACCUUUCAGAUGCACCUGCUGUUGCCUCUGUUGUCCCUCUGCCAGGCAAGAGCUGGAGGUGCAGUGUCCUCCCGGUGUCACCAUUGGCUUUGUUGCGGAACACUGGAACCUGUGUAGGGCAGUUUACAGCAUCCAGAAUGAGAAGAAAGACAAUGUGAUGAGAGUGCGUGGGCCAUGUUCAACCUACGGCUGUGGUUCGGAUUCGGUUUUUGAGGUCAAAUCCCUUGAUGGCAUGUCCAGCAUCGGCAGUAUUAUUAGGAAGUGGAACGGUCUCUUAUCAGCAAUGGGGGACGCUGACCACUUUGAAAUUCACUUCCCGUUAGACCUGGAUGUGAAGAUGAAAGCCAUGAUUUUUGGAGCUUGCUUCCUCAUUGACUUCAUGUAUUUUGAAAGGUCUCCACCACAACAUUCAUCAAGAUAAAUGGACACAGCAAAUCAGCAAUUAUGGCUAAUAAAAAAAGUAGAAAAUUGGAUCGGGCUUAUAAUCCCCUGAAUUAUUUGUAAUUAUAUGUGUCUGCUUCUGCAGGUUUUUUCCACUGGGUAUUAGCUCUAACAGGCUAAGAGUGUAAGAGCAAGAAUACAAUCUAAACAUGUUUCAAUUGAUUUUAUCUGCCCAUUUGUCCUCUUGGUAGACUAGGCGUUCACCUUGAAAAAGCUAUGACUCAGUAACCAGGUAAACACAUUACAGUAAGCUUAAAAACACUUUACCAUGACAUAAGGGAAAACGAAUCCCAGAGCUCUCACAUUAAUAGGUCAUGAAAUGGUGAGCUUUUUAGAGCAAUCUUUGAGAUAGAGUAAUAAAGCUUUUAUCCCUAACCCUGUCCUCCCUCUCCUACCUCUUGUCCUGUUACGGGAGACAAAUUUGGUUCCAGGUGAAAAGAAUGAUACUCUUGAUCUUUAAAAACAAAAAGGAAGACAGACAGAAACACUAUGUGUUUAUUGUACAAGGAAACAUUUACUUGUGCAUAUGUGUCAAAACCCUGUUUUGCAAGUUUCUAAGUUUCCUUGGAAAUUUUCAUUUUUUUAACAAAUAAAACUUUUUUUUUUUAAAUCAUAA